GGUUCAUGUUUUCACCCGGGCCCAUGGGAGCGAAGCCACACCUGGAGCUGCAGCCAGUCCCCACUGCAAAGAUCUCUGUGGGUGACGCUGGAGACACAGGGGGUGAGCAUCCCCUUCAGAUGGCCGAGGCCCAGGAGAUGUCUUUUCUCCAGCGAGGUGCUACCAGGAUGCUCCAAGCAGGAGGUGACGUCCCCGGGGGGGGGGACAGGAGGAGAAGGGCUUAGACACGGAGGAGCUCUCCUGCGUGGAGCAUGCUUGGAGGAGGGGAGUGGGGAGGCUGCAGCUUGGCCUCCCCCUCCCCAGAGCACCCCUCUGACCACCCUUAGCCCAUGGGUGCCCCCCCGCCCCCCUCCCUCCCCUCCUCCCGCAACUCCAGCGCCGAGGAAGCCGAGCCGGAGGCAGUGCUGAGCCGGAUAUGCAGCGACUCCCCGCAUCCCUCCUUGGCAGAGCGCGGUGACACCGCGGCAGCCACCACGGAGAGGACACAGGAUCCCCCGCUGGGCCCGCCGUGCCCCUUCGAGGGGGUGGCCUGGACGCCGAGACCCCCCCAGGGCCCCCCGCAAGGCUGCUUCGCCUGCAUCGCCAAGCCCCCAGCUCUCCGGCAAGCUUCGCCCGUCCUGUCUCCCUCCUCCGCCGUUUAUCUCAUGGAGAGCAAGAGCUGCAAAGGGGACAGCCUGCGGCCGGCGGUCCCGUGCAAGCACUCGGUGGAGAAGAAGACCAUGACCAACCCCACCACUGUCAUCGAGAUCUACCCCGACACCACCGAGGUGAACGACUACUAUCUCUGGUCCAUCUUCAACUUCGUAUACCUCAACUUCUGCUGCCUCGGCUUCAUCGCCUUGGCCUAUUCCUUGAAAGUGCGAGAUAAGAAACUCCUCAAUGACUUAAAUGGAGCAGUUGAGGAUGCCAAGACAGCCCGGCUUUUUAACAUCACCAGCUCAGCCCUUGCCACCUUCUGCAUCAUCCUCAUCUUCAUCUUCCUGCGAUACCCCCUCACUGACUACUAGAGGGAGGCCAACAGCAGCAGUGGCCGCAGCCAAAAUGCCUCUACGCCAGAAGUGUCUGCAGUUGUUUCUUGUAGCAAGGACUCAAAAAAAGGAAGAAGGGAAAAGAAACCAAAACCACAACCAAUGCUCCACCUUGAGAGAAAGAGAGAGAGAGAGAGAGAGAGAAAGAAAGAAAGAAAGAAAGAAAGAAAGAAAGAAAGAAAGAAAGAAAGAAAGAAAGAAAGAAAGAAAGAAAGAAAGAAAGAAAGAAAGAAGGAAGGAAGGAAGGAAGGAAGGAAGGAAGGAAGGAAGGAAGG